AUGGGAAAGGUCGCCAACGUCUACACAGCCCAUGUCUUCAGUCUCCAUGGGCAUACACGCCCUAUUACAAAGCUACGAUACACUCCCGACGGAGAUUAUAUCAUCACCGGGUCCACAGACGGCUAUACACACAUGUGGACCAGUACAAACGGGCAGUUUGUCCAGACUUUUGGACCGAUCGGCUCGGAAGGAGACCCUGGAACAAUAGCAUCUGACCAAGGUAUAGCUGUGUCUGACUUCACAGUGAGCUCUGACGGUGAGUACGUUGCAGUGUCCCAUGUUCUCGACUUCAUUGCUCUCUACAAGGUCACCAGUGACCGCGCAUACAUCAGGACCUAUAAAUUCCCGGAAAUCACAGCCUACAGCGCCAUCCAGUAUAGCAGAGAUGGAAGGCGCCUGUUUGUUGGAGGACGGUUGAUCAUGAAGUCCAAGGCUGGUAUCCUUGUCCUUGAUGCCAGCGACCCAAAGGAUGUGAAGUGCACCAAGAUAAAGUGCAUGUCCGAAGACGUCACUUGCAUAGCUUUGUCCCCCCUGGACGACUACCUGGUCGUGGGGUUCGCGUCUGGUGUAGUGCAGCUCUUUGAUGCAGAGACCCUAGAGCCGUACUCAAAGAUGAAGGACCCAAUAGUCGUCGGGAACGGUCAGAUAAUGAGCAUACAACUGUAUAACAACUCCAUGUUUACUAUCUGCUGCAGUGAUAAGAAGAUAGUCAUACUGGGGGCCAAGACACUAACGGUUCUUAAGAAGGUCAGCACAGAGUACCCGGUGCACUGUUGCGCCAUCCACCCAAACAUUCCCAAUCUCAUGGUCUACGCCGGAGGGAUGGACAGCAAAAUAGUCACUCAAACAACACAUAUUGAGAACACGUUUAAGCUGUUCUUUAUUGACAUAGCCCAGGACGUGAAGUUAGGCAGCAUCCAGGCACAUGUCGGGCCUGUCCACGACCUUGCAUUUAAUCCCAAUGGUGAGGAUUUGGUAAGCUGCUCUGAGGAUUCUACAACCUUUCUUAUUAAAGUAGGUAAAGACUUUAAGAAUUACAAUUUCAUAAAGUAG